UCAUAUUCUCAUCGAACUCUCAAUCCAUUUUCUCAAAUUCCCACCAUACACAUUUCAUCCCUUCAGACUACAACGGGUAACCUCAUUUCCAGUUGCGUGUCUUCAAAGCGGAAACAGGCCAUGGCCGCCGCCGCCGCUAAUCUCUACUCGGAUUCCAACCCUACUCAGUCCAACCCCUUUGUCUUCUCAGCAGAUUAUCCCCCCAAAAUCUCACUCACUCCGGAUCAGUUAGUUCAACUUCUGUUCUGAGGCUCUCAAAUUCUUCUCCGAAAAGCUCCAAACGCCCCUCGAAAUCAUCCGCGAGUUCUCUCUCUUGCAGGCAAAUAGGGUUACAUCUUCGGAGAUGAUGAGGAGAUGCACAGUGGGUCUGAACGGUGUCAAUAUGGACAAGAAUAGAUACUCUGAUGUCGUACCAUUUGACGCUAAUAGGAUAGUUCUUAAUUCGUGUAAAGAUUACAGACCAGCUUCAAUGGGUUAUAUCAAUGCUAGCUUUAUCACGAUUUCUUCUUCGGAAAACAUCUCUCAGUUUAUAGCCACACAAGGUUCCUUACCUCACACCUAUGAGGAUUUCUGGGAGAUGGUUAUCCAAUGCCAUUGCCCUGUCAUUGUGAUGCUUACUCGUUUGGUUGACAAUUAUAAGGUACCUAGUUAUCCAAUGUCAUUGACCUUGAAAGUGGUUGAGUUUGACUAUAUACUGUUCAUAUUGUUUCCAUCUAGGCAUGUUCGUUAA